CUUACAGUCAAAUGAUUGAAAUCCAUUGUUUUCUUCAGUAUUGAUCCAUACUUAGUCUGACAUAAUGACAAGUGAAAACAGUAUUUUACUAUUCUUUUUUAGGAGCUGAAAACCAUAUUUCUUAUGGCACUUCAUGAAUCCCAUUUGUCUCGAUCAUCUUUGAGAUAUUUCUGGAGUCCACCUGUGGUAAAUUGAAUUGAUCUUGGAUGAUUUGGACAGGAACACAUCUGUCCACAUAAGGUCUCAUAGCUGACGAUACAUCAGAGCAUAAAUCCGGUCAUUAGGUGGAAUGAACUGCCUGCAGAGCUCCUAGAGAGGGCUGUGUCCCGGUACAGAUCUGGGGAAGGCUGACAUGAUGCUGUAUUGAAGGUUCCCAGGAGGAGCUGGCUGCCCGGCCAAACUGAGCCAUCAGGGGAGAAGAGCCUCGGCAGAAGAAAAGUGACCAAAAACCCGACAGUCCCUCUGGAUGAGCAGUAAGAGAUCCUGUGUGAAGAUGGGAGAAACUUCAAGACUGACAACCAUCACUGCAGCACUCAGAGAUCAAAGAGUCUACUCACUGAGAGACACAUGAAAGCUAAAAAAAAAAAAAAAAAGGGAAAAAGCACCUUAUGGACUCUCAGACUGUGUGAAAUAAGAUUCUGUGGGUGGAUGUAGCCAAGAUUGAACUGUUUGACCUCGGUGGUGAGAUUCAUGUCUGGAAGAAAUCUGCAUUACAACAGUGAGGCAUGGCGGCGGCAGCAUCAUGGCUAAAGUGCAGAGAUGCGUUAUGUAAAAUAAGGAGAGUAUGUCAUGCUUUUAAAUGAAGAUUGUGUGGCUUAAUUUAAGUGAAUGUGCUCUGCAACUUUGUCUUUAUUUGUGGUAUUUUGUACAAGGGAUGUGUUUGUUAAUAAUUUUCUUCUGAGUUACCUCGAAUUAACCGGAUAAAGCUGCUCUUUUCAUCUCAUCUCAACAUUUUAUGUCCUCUAAAUGAUGGAUUGGAUCGAGUUAUUUUAAGACAUCUUAUCAGGGAAACUGCAAUGGCAGCUAAUUUUUCUUAUUUUAAGUACAGGGGGUCCUCUACAAAUGUCGGAGCUCCGUUCCUGUGCAUCAAAGUACGUCGAUUUUCACCAAAACUCCGGCAAAAAUGUAACCAAAGCCGUUCCGUGCAUCACGUUAUGAUCAGUUCUUCAUAAAGUCAUGAAUACCAACGACUUUCAUGCAUGUAUGAAUCAUUUUACUAGAAGAUAACAGAAUAUUGUAACAGACUGAUGUUGUUGUUGAUGUUGAGGUUUCAGUGUUUAUUGUUCAGUUCCACAUUUACCUGAUGUCAGUGAACGUGCCACGUUUAGUUAGCUCACCUCUGAUUGGCUGAGAGUCAGCAGUAGAGAGAGCUGGGAGGCGGCUAAUUCUGGAGCUAAGUUCUGGGGUUUUUCUAGUUAUUCUGGAGCUAAGUUAUGGGGUUUUUCUAGUUCUUCUGGAGCUAAGUUAUGGGGUUUUUCUAGUUAUUCUGGAGCUAAGUUAUGGGGUUUUUCUAGUUCUUCUGGAGCUAAGUUCUGGGGGUUUUCUAGUUCUUCUGGAGCUAAGUUAUGGGGUUUUUCUAGUUAUUCUGGAGCUAAGUUAUGGGGUUUUUCUAGUUCUUCUGGAGCUAAGUUCUGGGGGUUUUCUAGUUCUUCUGGAGCUAAGUUCUGGGGGUUUUCUAGUUCUUCUGGAGCUAAGUUCUGGGGGUUUUCUAGUUCUUCUGGAGCUAAGUUAUGGGGUUUUCUAGUUCUUCUGGAGCUAAGUUAUGGGGUUUUUCUAGUUAUUCUGGAGCUAAGUUAUGGGGUUUUUCUAGUUCUUCUGGAGCUAAGUUAUGGGGUUUUUCUAGUUCUUCUGGAGCUAAGUUAUGGGGUUUUUCUAGUUCUUCUGGAGCUAAGUUAUGGGGUUUUUCUAGUUCUUCUGGAGCUAAGUUAUGGGGUUUUUCUAGUUCUUCUGGAGCUAAGUUCUGGGGGUUUUCUAGUUCUUCUGGAGCUAAGUUCUGGGGGUUUUCUAGUUCUUCUGGAGCUAAGUUAUGGGGUUUUUCUAGUUAUUCUGGCGUUGGCUAUAGUCCACAGUAUCCUGUGUGAAGGUUCAAUAAACCAGCAGAGAACCAGAUAAAGUCUCACUCAUUCAUCACAGAGGGUCGCUACAAUAUGUUGACCUGUUUUUACAACUUGACCCAUGUUCGUUGGUGUAAUUUCACGUCCAUAGAGACAGUUUUCCUUUUCUUCCAAGCAUCAGGAGAAUCUGACUGACUGAGAGCCAUAAUGAAGGUAAAAAGUGAGUGAAUGUAGCACAAUCCAAGGUGGAGUACAACCGGAGAAUGGAAACAAAGCCGUCUGACAGCGCAACAUGACGACGUAUUCAUCCGCUCUGCUCACCAACUAGUUCCACAUAACCAGUUCUGAUGCAACAACGAGGCCAUAGGUCGAGGACGUCGUAAACCGAGGACCUCCUGGACCAAAUCCUUACAUCCCAAAAGUUUGGCCUUGCAACCUGACAGGGCAUUUUUGCAGUUUAUUCUCAAGGAAAGCCUGCCCUGAAGUGCUGAGGACUGAAGGUUCACCUUCCAACAGGACAAUGACACUAAGCUCACAGCCAGGACAACACUCUGGUGUCUCAGGGAUAACUCUGAUGUCCUCAAGUAGCCCAGCCAGAGCCCUGACCUGAACUCAAUCGAUCCUCAUCUCCAGAGAGACCUAGAAAUGGCCUUCCACCCUGUCAGCCUCUGCCUGACAGAGCUUGAGAGGAUCUGCACAGAAGACUGGUAGGAAAUCCCUAAAUCCAGGUGUGCAAAGCCUGUCGCGUCGUGUCCAGGGAAGACUUGAGGCUGGAUUCACUGCCGAAGGUGCUUCAGCUAAGUGGUGAGUAAAGGCUCUGAAUACAUAAAGGAUGUCCAUGAGAUGUUGCAGUUUUUCAAUUUUAUAUGGUUUCAAAAAAAUAUUGUUUUAGCCGGCAGCAGUGAGGGUCUGAAUAUUUUCUGAAUGUGUUUAGAAUUUCUAUUUAAAGCCCUAUGACGCUUUUCUGACAUGUUUAAUGCUUAGGAUGAGGGCUCCCAAAUCACACCGAUAGAAAUCCGAUACUAGAGCAUCUUUGUAGACACAUGAACAUUACCUCUCAUUGUGCUAGCUCAUCCUGAAGCCUAUCUAUCUAUUACCCCUCUGUACUGUACAUCUAUAUGUGAUUCCACUCUAUUUCUAUGCGUAAAUUGCUCCAUACGUAGUCCCACUCCCAUUCCCCUCUUGCCCUUCCUCCUAUCCUUCCUUCCUGUCCCCUCUUGUUCCCACUCCCCAUUUUCUCCCCUUCCCCUGCUCCUCCUGUCAUCCAUCCUGUCUGAAUAAUGCAGUGGCCGUGCAGCUGCAGCGCCAUUGUCCCCGCUUCAAUGUUAAUGCUGUGUCCUUGUCACAAUUAUUGGGUCACUAUCAUCCAUCAGAGCUAAUCAUUGUCAUACAGAUAGGGACAAACAAAACACAUUACGGAGAACAAAGGCACACACAUGUCGAGAACAAAGGCGCACAUGGAGCAAAGAGCCGUGUUGUGGAUAGCGAGGCUCGCGUUAAAUUAAAUGAUGCACUUUGAAAAGGCAAACACAACAGGCGCUUUAUUUUGGUUCUGAAACAGAUGCCACAUGCAAAAUGUAUCGAUAGAAAGUGAAAAUUAAUAUGUUUGCACGUCUGUUAGAAGAUUGUUGUUAGCUUAACUGUGGGAAACAAUGUAGUGGAAAUCAUCCUAGUAGUGUGUUCUUUUUUGGUUCCAUUGGUGCCCACUAAUGCAUAAAUUUAACCCCAAAUCACAGUUCAUGUUAGUUACCAAACAUCACCAGUGAAAGGAUAUUUAGACUUUAGAUUCAAAGGCAAAUGUUCACUCUUGUGACUGUAUAGUGUCAAACAAUGCAGAUAUUUACAUUUUAUUUUCUGAAGUUUUGAACCCCUGAACCCUAAAAUUCACGAGCAACUUUGACAGACGUGUCACCUUUAAAAAAAAUGCCCAAAUUACACUAUUCAGAGCCAGACGCUGUAAACAGAAAGAAAAAAAACACCCAAAAAGAAUAAUUUGAUCUAUGACAUGAGGUUCCGUCAAGAAAAUGUAAUUGUGACAUUUAUAAAUGUGUCAUAUUAUUCUAACAUGCUGCAUUUAAAAAUAUGCCAAAAAUAAACUGUUUACUGUCACCACAUUCUGUAAAAAAAAAACCAAACAUUUCCGCACUUCUGUUCACAACUGUUAAGUCACUAUUGAUUCAUUUUCAACUAGCAGUCAUGUGACCAUUAUUUAGGGAUUUUUUAGCUGAACUGGCCUGAACUGCAGGCAGUGUAAACAGAGCAGAUAAUAGUGUAUGUACUGAAACAGCUAUACCAUGUAGAGUCACUGGUUUUUCUUCCAGUAUUGGUAUUACCUCUGGGCACUUGGAAAAAUGUUGUGCAUAUUGAUAUUUUAUUUUUCAUUUUGAGAAAAUGGGGUGAUGCUGUUUACAUAGAACUGCAGCGGAAAAUGAUCCCACAGUGAGUAAAAAUGUGUGUUUGGAUAUUUAUCACUGAGUAAAAAUGUGUGUUUAGAUAUUUAUCACUGAGCUUCUGCUUCUACUGGAACACGGUGGGCGACAUUUUAAUUUUCUAUUUAAACCAUUUUAUUAAAAUAGCGUUUUUAAAAACAGGUGAAUGUCUCAAGACGCUGUAAGAAAUGACUUACUGUAUAGUUCACUGUAUUUACCGCCUCCACUGUUGUAUCUGAAUCCUUAGUGUGCAGAUGGAUUCACUGUAGUUGUGCCGACGCCAAGUCUCACUGCUAACAGUCUCACAAAGCCAAAUGUUGCAUUUUAGAAAUGAGCCGAUUAAUGCUGUGCAGCUCUACAUCUGCAAGAAUGAGGAGAAAAUGAUUUCAAACAGCCUGAAAAUAACUGCAAAAGUGGAUACCUCUGUGAAUAAGUUAGGAUAUCUUUCUGUAAUAUGCAGAAGGACAUUUUCCUUAUUUUAAAAAGGUUCAAUUCAAUUUAUUUAGAUAGCGAAGAUUCACAACAUAUGUCAUAGUGAGGUACAGACCUUACGAGUUACAGAGAACAGAAACCAAACAAUCCAAAACGCCUUUGGAUUCCAUACGAGUGACGAUGGGAAGGAAGGAAUAAAACACCCUAGAAUAGCAAGAGGAAAAAACGUCAGACAGAAGCAGGCUCAGGGAAGGCGGUCGUCUGCCUCCACCGGUUAGUUACGGGUAAGGAUGAGGAGGAUGGGAAUGGUUAGUCUCUUAAAUGAAACUGAUCCUAUCUAGUCCUCCUUAACUAUUACAUCACAGAUCAUCCCUUCUGGAAUCUUUGUGAAUAAUCGAUAAAUAGCCUUUGGCUCCAACAACAAUCGCUGACAAUAAACUUUAUUCCCAUUAGAGGAGCUGGUGUGGUUUAUUUUAUGUUGUGUGCACUGAAACGCAUUUUGUUGUUAAAUCAUUUGAAGCUGUACUUCUCUCUUUCUGCCUUGAUCACCUCGUUGUGGUUUGUUUGACAUUUGUGAAUCUGGAGAAUGCAGAAUGCUCAUGAUGGAGUUUUUUGUGAAGGAUUAUUUGUUUGAUUUCUCGGUGAAGGACUCUGUAUAGAUCUGAACAGCUGCUGAAGCUGAGGGGUGGGGGCUGAUAUGGAUUAGGUUAAAUAAGCCCAUUUAAACAUGAAAGGCUGUUGAUAGCUGAUGUGGGAGUAUCGGACGUCUCCUCUUACAGACCCGGGGCUUUCGGCUUUCGGCCUCGCUCGUGUGUGUGAGCAGGAACGAAUCGAUAGCGACGAGAGCAGGCAGGUUUCUAUUGCCUAUUUAAUUAUCCUCCAUCAAACAAACAUGAUAGCACCUAGACAUCACUUAGACGGCAGACUUCACACACUGACAGACAGAUGGGGGGGGAGGAAGUUCACAGGUCACUUUUACUUUUAACACAGAAAAUCAGAAGGUUACCAAAGCAGAAGCACGUGCACAAAAGAGCAAAGGAAGCAAGUUCUUUAAUUAACCUCAAUUCUGACCUUUAAAGAGGAGAGAAAACAGGUGACAAAUGAGGCCAAUUAGCUAAGAAAGAAUGAUUUGAUUUCUCUCAGUUGGCUCGGUAUAAAUGACCACUCUUAAGUCUCUGGUUUUAGAGCUGCACGCUGCCUUUGACCUCGUGCCCUCAGACGCUAUGGAGCUGAUGUCUGUGUCGUUAAAAAGCAUCUGAGCAGUUGUUGUCUGCUGCCACAUUCUGACUGUGAAUAAAUAAUGAAGGCAUUGUGGCUGAAAUAUGUGAAAUGGUGAUUUGUCAACACCAAAACAACGGCGUGAACGUCUGACAGACACCUAUGAGGACGGCGUCUGAGCUGCUGCCGUCUGAUUACUGCCUCCUGUCCUCUCUCUGCUAGGAUUACAUAACAGCUGAUCUGUAGUAAUAAAAUAAAUCUGUGUGUUGCGUGUGUGUGUGUAGUAUGAGCUGGUUGUGUAUCGUCUGACUCGGUGUGACCUAGAAAUGUCCAACAGUCUCUCAAGGCUUCAUUAGGGCAAAACCAGAAGUUCAGAAUCCAUAACCUUCAAAUGAUCACCCUGCUGCCUCCCGACUGUCUGUUUUUUGUCGUACUUUUCUCACUUUGUCUUUUUUUUCUUUACUGUCACAUAAAGUUUUUUUUCUGAUUUAUUUUGUCAUAUUUACAUUCCUCGCCUCCUCCUCCUCUCUUUGUCUGUUUUGUUUAUAGACAGUAUUUUUCCCCACUCAGACUUCUUUUAAAAUGUAUUCUCACUGCUCUUCAGCUCAGAAACCCACUGGUCUUAUGAAUUAUUUAAGAGUUGUAUAGAUUCAUGUGAUUCUCAGUGAUAAUUAUUCAAACUGUCAUGUGUUUGCAUCAUUUGGUAAUCUUGCGGUAUAUCUUUUGACACCUGUUGCACAUCGCUGUUAUAAAAUCUCUCUCCAGUUCUUGAUUUAACCCCUAAAACCUCAGAUUUUUGCGUGAAAAUAAGCCUUUCCUACUUUAGAAUGCCAGACCCCCACCAGGGGUUCUGGCACUGGAUGCCCGGGUAGAUGGAACUCGUUAGCUCAGGCAGGCAAUUCAUCAAGGAGAGGGACAACUUCGAAUAAGAAACCCGGUCCUUCCGGGAAGGUUGGGCGUGGGGUCAGCACCCUCACCCCGGAAAAAACUUUUUGCUACAGAAGCAUUCACAUUUUAGAAUGGCUAAGAUGUAGCUGUUUCCUUUCAAAUGUGAAGAUCUCUGAAGUCCAUGCCUGUUUAUGCAGCUCAAGCACACCAGCUCACCUGCAGUUCUGCUCAAACACCGCUUAACUAUCAACAAUGGCAAUCUACUCAUGCAUGUUUGAACUGAUUGUAAACCACCUACAGCCAUGGCCAUAAGUUUGGACACAGCAUGACUUACUAUGUCUGUUUUGACGUCUAUUACAGAACAUAACUAAUAUUUUUUGACAGCACCAGUUUAAUUAGUCAACAAAUCAACAAGGGAUAUAAUAUUAUCAAUACAUUCCAACAAUUGGAACAACUUUGUUCCCAAAACAUAAUAUUAGAAGAAAAUAACAAAAAAAUGCAGUACUUUCACAAUCGAAUUUGGUAAGAAUAACAAAAUGACACCAAACUCUUUUGAUGUUUUUUUAAAAUAUGAAACUUAAUAUAGUUCUCAGGAGUUGUGUACUGUAUUGUAAGUGACAAUUUUGUGGUAUUUUCUAAGAUUCACAAGCGUCAUGGUACUUGUGUCCAAACUUAUGGCCAUGGCUGUAGCUCUAAAUUAACCAACCAUCUGAUGAAAUUAGCUUUAUUUAAUAAAUUGGUGCCUUUGUUCUUAACCCACAUGGGAAAACGUUUUAAUCUGACCUCGGGUUUUAACAUGUAAACGUGGGCUUCAGCUGCUAGCUAAUUAGCCUGCCAUGCUAGCUCGUUAUGAAAACCCUCGACAACAACAUUCCUUUCCGGAUUAGUUAGCAACUUUUCUAUGAACCAAUUUAACUGGAGAAGAAAAUGACACAGAAAACACCUCCGAGUUAAUAAGAGUAGUUCCUAAAGUUUAUGAAACACUUGAAGUCUGAAUUCAUGCCAUCAGUUCCAUGAAGUUCCAAGGUAGAAACACUUUAUUUUUAUAGUAUUGGCUGCUUAUUUCACUCAUGAUGUGUCUUUCUGCUAAUAAACAGCACUAUAUUGACACAUUGAUGAGAUUCUGGGAGCUGAUGUACAUGAAGACAUCAUCUCUGUCCAAAAUAACCCAACAGAAAAGCUGCUUAUGUUCCAAAAUACCAUCGCAUAUGAGCUGACCCGGGGUCAGUUAGUGGUGAAAUUCAGAGCCUCCGUGUUGCAACUAGAACAAAACAUUGCACCAGAGUUGCUGAAGUUUCUGAAAAUUGAAGCACAGCAGGAGGUUUCUCUAAAGGUGCACAGAGAGGUCAGAAAUCCUGACAGCACUCCAUUCCGAGUUUCAUCUUCCUGUAAUAGAGCCGUCAUCAUUAUCCACCCAGGAAUCUGAAAGGAGACGAGUUUAAACUGAUGAAUGUUUUAUCAGGUGUCUUUAGCUUCCACUACAAAAUUCCAUGUGAAGUUUCUUUCAGUCGACUCUUUUCCCUGUGUUCUAUUCAUGCAUUUGUCACUUUUUAAUCACAGCACAAGCAGAUAUUUUCUUCGUCUGUGUUUCAGCCGGUAGAGCUUCCUAAACCUAUCUACGCGUUCAAAGUGCACCAGUGAUCUAACAUUGUCUCUGCUAGAAAACGAACGGGACUUUCACCGCCGGAGCUGUACAGUAGAAGCCUGAAAUACCUCCUCCUGCUCUGCAACUCUGUAACAGCGAUAAGAGAAGCGCUGUAGGAUGAGUUAUCGGCUCCGGGUCUUACAUGCAGGACCACUGCAGCAUUUCACCACGUCCCAUUUCUUUCUUUUUCGUCCUUUGCCGAGUCCCGCCUCAUAACCUCUCCUCCUCUCCUCCCACUCCUCUGGUGUUCUCUCAUCUCUCUCUCCCCCCUGCUGCAUCCUCUCCCCCAUCUCUACCUCUCCUCCCCUCCUCCCCACAUGUCUGUCUGUUCGAAACUGGAGCAACGUCUUAAUCGAGGCUGCGGGACGUGACGGGAAUUUCUAAGCGAGCCCGGCUCUGCAGUACAGACGCAAACACACACACACACACACACACACACACACACACACACACACACACACACACACACAUUCUGCUUGGCAGCCAAUUAACAACCUGCGAUCCAGCGCCAAAGGAAUAACUGCAUGUUGAUGAGCUGUGUGUGUGUGUGUGUGUGUGUGUGUGUGUGUGUUUGUGAUGAGCUGGUGGCCGUCAGAACCACUUACACAGAUAGAAGGAUAUCUCUUUUAUGUGUUCAAGGGAAAGAGGGGGAUUAUGGUGCAUUAAAAACCAUCUCCGUGAGGGACAAACUAAGACAGGAACAAGGAAGUGUGAAUUUGCGCCUGAGAUUCUCUUUUUCUGUGUGUCUUUGAUGCACUUUCAGGAUGUGUGUGUGUGUGUGUGUGUGUGUGUGUGUGUGUGUGUGUGUGUGUGUGUGUGUGUUGUGAGAACAAUGCAGAUGAUUUACUUGGAGCUGAGCCUCGCUUUCUCCUCCUCAUCCUCCUCCUCAUCCCUCCUCUAUUUUUGUUACCUUUCGUUCCUCUCCUCCUCCUCCUCACUUCUAUCCUGCCUCCACUUUGGGGGGUUCAUCCAAAGGUGAACGCCUGACAAAAAAAAGUAUCUUUCCUCCCUCAAAAAACUCAUAUAUUCUCUUUAUGUGUCAAAAAUAUUGACACCAGCCUUGACACAAGAUCCCCGAGCAGCAAAGCGCUGUGUUUGCCAGUCCAGGUUUCAUCAUCCGUCCUUGUUUUCUGGAGAGAUGGAAUAUGUUGUAAAGAAGGCUGCGGGUUUCAAACUUGGCUCCUCGCUGAUGUUGCCCUACUUCUCUGCACAGUCCUCCACAUCAGUCUUUGUUGUGUACUAUCUGGAUGAAUAAGUAAAAUACGGGCAGAUGUGAGGUUUAAACGAGUCAACGGAAUAUUAUCCACAGCUGCAGUACAUCAUUACUUCAGGAUACUAGAAGGACAGCAAAGAAUUCAUUCAGAAAAAUUCAUAUUUGCACAGUCUGUGAAUUUACAUUUAAAAAUUUAUUAUCACUAUACUAACAGGUAAAAAGUGACUUUUAUAUCAAUGCCUCCAGGUGAGAUAAUUCAUUUUAAUGAUCUUCUUCACAGGACUUUUGUUAUGUUGCCUGUGUUGUUCAUUUUUAAUCAUAAGAAAAUCAAACCUGUAUGGAUCACAAUGUAUGUAGUGAAAUAAAAAAAAAAACCUAAUCAAAUUAAAAGUCAAAGUAACCAUGAAUGCAAGGCUUUUUUUAAAAGUAUAUUUCUUUCUUGUGUCUGUUUCUUUGAAAUGAGGACGACAACUAGUGGCAAAGUGCUAAAAUAGAAGAAAAGUUUUGAGCUGUAGAGGCUAGAUUUACUCAUAAAGCUCAUGCUGCCAUCUAGUGGACAAAUCUGUAAAUUACAGCGUUAGAAUCAACAAUUCAAUGUGUAGAAAAUUAUCAACACGGACAAGGGUCACGCUGAGAUGUAAAAACAAACAUGAUGUUUCAUCCUAAAACAUUCACUUUUCCAUUCUAUAUGUGCAGCUGUAACAAGGCAGAAAAUGAAUUCUGCUUCCUUGAUUGCUCAAAGCGCCUCUUUCCUCAGAAAUGUGUUUUAGAUGAAGUUAAUAAUCCUGCAUGUUUAAUCUCUUUUUUAAUGAUGCAAUGUUCAGAAUUUGACGGCAUGGAUGCCAAGUUCUCAUUUCUACUCGGAUGCUGAGGCAUGAACUAGUUUUUUGAUGAUACAGAAAAAGCAUUAAUAGAUGUUGGACCAGCAGCUAAUUUAUACCUAAAGUACACUGUCUGCAUCACACACAUGUUAAGAUCUGACUGUCAGUGAUGUAGGUGACAAAAGUCACAUGUUUUAAAUGACUAAUUAUUAUAUAUUUCUGUUUUCUGGAUCUGUUUGUGAAGGAGAAGGAAUAGACGGCAAAUAAACUUUAUAUGAAAGAACAACAUUAGCUGUGAUCUUAUCAUUCUUUGACACGUGAGUGACACGACUUGUUUAUUAUGAUAGAAUUUUUGUUUUCUUUGAUGUUUCGUAUUUGCACCUUCAGAAAUAUAUUAUGUGUCACUGAGUGAAGCCAAAAUAUAUUGUGCAAAUUGAUUCUAGCCUGCAGGGUAGAUGGAGUGACGUCAUCUUUCCUGAGUAACAGCUCCACCCAGUGGAGAUGUGUGGAAAUGACCAGAAACUUCCUGAACACUCUGGACCUCCUCCAGUUAGAAUAUAAAAGCUGGACAGUCCCACUGCUGAGACACAAACAAACACAACCAACACAGAAGAGAACACUUGGACAGAGCUUCAUCUCCAUCCAGAGGACUCCACAGUGAACUCAGAGAAGAUGCUGUGCUCUCAUGGACUCCAGUCUGCCCUCAGUCCAUCCAUGGACUUCUACUGGCCUGUACCCAGUCUGUUCUACCAGCAGCAUCUCCUCCACACAAACCUGCAGGAUCUGCUCAGCAAUCUGGAGCUGAUGGACAAACUUCAAGACAACCUCCUGGAGGAGACGGAGCCUUUCCUGUGCGGUGUGGCCGUGCGACCAGCGUCCCACCAGCUGGACCAACAGGGAGAGCGCUUUGCUGUGACUCUGGACACUCCAGGCUUUUCCCCAGAGGAGCUGUCUGUCAGACAGGUGGGCAGGAAGCUGAGGCUCAGCGGGAAGAAGGAGAAGAAGCAGGAGGACAGGAACGGCUGCUACUCUUACACACUCCAGGAGUUCACGCAGGAGCUGGAUGUUCCUGAAGGGCUGAACCCUGAAGCCGUCCGCUGCUGCCUGUCUCCAGACGGGAAGCUCCACAUCCAGGCAGCCAAAGAUCCAUGUGCUGAGGAGGCUGAGAGAGAGCUGACUAUCAAGAGGAGCCUGGAGGAGAAAACACAGCAGAGUGUGUGUUCACAGGAAGAAGACAAAGAGACACACAACAGCACACAGGACAAAGCUGCAGACAUGGACUGAUCCAGACUCAAUAAGAAGUGUUUCAUGUUGAUGAAUGAUGAGCAGAUGUGCUUUGGGAUAUUUGUAUGUGAACCUGAACAUGCUAAAUAAAUGUAUUAGUGUCUACUUUA